UGUUACACUUACCAUGCUUGAACAUCAAAUUAAUUUCCUUUGUAUGAUCCGGACCUUUUUGGAACGUGAAUGAUAAUGUUUUGUUUUGUUUAUGAUCCACUUUAAAAAUACGUUGUCGCGAUUGUGCAUUGGAUAUGAUGUCCACCUAGCGAUCAGAAAGUUACAGGAUAUUCACGUUGAAGAAUCAGAGGAGUUGAUGUACAAAAAAUCAUAUGAAGGCUAAUAUAGACAGUGAACUAUGGAAGCAUUGCCAGUGUUUUCACUGGAAAACAGAACCAACUGGGUUAAAGCUUGGCUUGCUUUAGAUAUUGCACAAAACGGUCUAAGGAACUUUAUUGACAAAGAAAUUCAAAAUCUCCAGACUUGCAUUUUACAGAAAGUUCGAUCGAAAUUAAAACUUCAAACGAGCAUCGCAUGCCAAAGAUGUUAUACGGAGAAUUUACUGACAUGUCCCACACAUGGAUUUUGCACCAAAGUUGGCGGUGUGUGCAAAGUGCACACAUCCAAAAUGCGACGACCUUGUCCGUUAAAAAUGUGUGAUGAAAUUCGAGAUGAGAUUAUUAAAGAACAUAGGUACGGCCGGCCUUCUUGGAAGAACACGGCAGCACAAUGCUGGACUACAAACCAUUGGCAUAUAGCGAAAUGCUUUUUACCGCCAGACGGCUAUAAUGACGUACACUUAUGUAAGGAUACAGAUUUCAAUGGAGUCAUUAGUGUAAUGCAAAAUUGCAAGCACUUUGACACACAAAUGUCGCAGACAGGCGCCAGCGUUUUGACAAAGGCGCGUGACAUUGGAAGAUUUUUGCGUCACUUACCCAGUUGCGCAAUUACAGACAGUGAUCUGCAAGAUGUUUUCAAAACACUGACAACCUCAUUAAGCGAUCCGACUGCUUUAAUCAACGAUAGUUUUGCAACAGCUGCACUCAGAAAAUUAAAUGAGCUUGAAAAUGACAGUAUAUCUCCAGAGGAGUUGUAUCAGUUAAUAAACGACGCUCAAGAAACAGUGGACUUGACAAAAUCUAUCGCCGAAGAGUCAAAAAAAGAGAUGGAACAGUAUAAAGAAAGAUGUUUUAGAGAACUCGAUUUACGUAUGCAAAUGUGCAUGGAUAACAUUCUUGACGCCAGAUAUGAAAAGGAGGAAAUAAAAUAUGUUCGUGACGUUGAAGAGCUUCUUCAGCGACUGAAGAGCUACUACAAUGACAAUCUGUUCCACGUUCCCGUGUCGGUAUUAACUCCGGAUAAAGAUACCAAAAUAAGAAACGUGUAUACAACUCCAAAAAUACACGAAGCAUAUAAAGGAAAAAACGGACUUCGAAAGAAUUGUAUAUACAAAUACAGACACUUUUUAGACUGUUCUUCUCAUCGACGAAUUUUCUUACAGGGAGAGGCAGGCACCGGUAAAUCAACAUUUUGUGCUAAAUUAGUGCUUGACUGGAGUGAUCCCAUUGAAGGAUUAAAGCGGAUACCCUUUCGUGACAUUGACACGCUAGCUAAGUUUAAAUUUAUUUUCUACAUUAAAUUACGGGAAGCCAACACUAAGUGCGAAUUAGAGGAUAUAAUUAAAGACCAAAUAUUAGAUAAUCUAUAUAAAGACUCCUUUCAUGCGUUUAUAUUGCUUCAACAAAUUCUUAAUCGAGAGAAAUGUAUUUUGCUUCAAGACGGUCUGGACGAGUGGACUAGUUCUAAUGAUAAAUUUGCACUUCCGCGUUUAGCCACCUAUGGAAGUCAGUGUGUUAUGAUGACUACAACACGACCAUGGAAAAUGGCUGAUGAACGGAUAAAAAACUCUCAGAUCGACUGCUUGCUUGAAUUAGAAGGUAUCGCGAAUCCGUAUCAGCUUAGUAAGAACAUAUUAGAGUGUCUCACUGGCAAGAAUAUGCAUGCACAAUACAAGGAAUUCAAAGAUUACAUUCAUACAUGCAAUCUGGAACAGUUACUCUCGUCACCGAUGUUUAUCACAUCGCUUGUUUGUUCGUGGGUGGACGGAGUACAUGUUACCGGUUCUUUGUGUGAAAUAUACAGUAUACUUCUUGAUUGUCUUGUUAAAAAAGUGAACAACACUCCUAAGUAUUUUGAAAGACCUCAGUUUCAGUGCUUCAAAAACACGGCAUAUUUAGCGUCAAACAUUGAUGACAUUGACAAUCUUUCUAAAACGGCAUUUCAUUUGCUUUUUUGCUCAGAGAACGAAAGUUCAAAUGUGUUCAGCGACAAAGAAUUAACAAAAUAUAUUACAGACGAAACGAAAAUGUUUUCCCUGAAAGCUGGCAUUUUAUCGGAAAGGAAAGGUUCAUCACUGACGAACAGGUUAAGUCAUUGCUCGUUCAUCCACCGAAGUAUUCAAGAAUUUUUAGCUGCUUGUUAUAUAGCCAGCAACGCUGAUCUAAAUUAUGACAUUGUUGCGAAGUAUAUGGAGAAGAAUGCACAUGCAUAUCUAGAAAUGUCGAAUGUUUUUAUUUGUCUGUGUGGACUAAACAUAGAAGCAGCUUACAAAAUGUCAUGUUUAAUGGAUGAAUUCACUCGCACGCCUUACCCUAUAACUUUACAGAGGAUCAUAAUUUCUGGCUAUAAAGAAGCUAUAGACAACAUGUCCAAAGGCAGCAAAAUGCGUCUUAAAUUAGGCCACUUUUAUUUUGAUGAUGUUUCAAAGACCGACGACGAAGUUUUAGAAUUCAUCUUUGGGAUGAAUGCCUCAAACGUCCGAUCGGUGAGCAUAUUUUGUACUACAACAUAUAAUAUGUUGAACCACGUGGACUCCAUACUAUCUUCAUCGACCUGUUGCCUGAUUCGUUUGGAAAUGUGUAUAACAGGCACUGCGAUUGCAAACCAUGGCGUAGAUUUGUCAUCAUGCCACAGUCUUGAAGCGGUUGAUAUCAGCGGAAAUGUUAAUCUCUUUCCAAAAUCUUUUUUUACAGUUAAAGAACUUAAAAUAUUUGAAAUUAUGGUGCAAUUCUGAAGAACUGGACUUGUCGUCAUGCUGCAGUCUGGAAACGAUUAUAAUCGGAGGUGAUAUAACGUUGCUGCCCACCACGUUCCAUGAGCUAAAAAGUCUGAAGAGAAUACAAUUCAAUGGCAAGUGUGCGUAUCUGGCAAUGACUCUAUGUCGCAGUUUAGAGACAGUCGUUUUAAAGGGUACAGUAAAAUUGCUACUUGAUGCCUCAAGUUCAUUUGAAAAUCUUAUCAGUGUAUCAUUGGAUUGCAUCUGUGACAGAUUGGACUUGUCAUCGUGUAUCAAUCUUGAAACAGUCUUUAUAAGAGGUAAUGUUGCAUUAGCACCAAAUGCGCUUCAAGGGGCUAAGAACCUCAAAUUCUUUUCUGUAGAAUGUUCGAGUGAAUUACUUGACUUGUCUCAAUGUCACAAAUUAGAAACAAUAUAUAUCAAAGGAAACGUGACGUUCACACCAAAUUCAAUAAAUGAGAUGUGGAUGCUUAAAAAGCUUUCGUUGCUCUGCAAAUGUGAGGGACUGAAAAUAUCAUCAUGUCCCAAUCUGCGAAAUGUUACAUUUGGCAGAUCUGUUGCUUUAUGUCCCGAUGCAGUUUGUGAACUAACAAAGUUGAAGCAUUUUUCAGUGUUUAGCGAUUGUACAGGAUUGGAUUUAACAGCGUGUCAGAAUGUCGAAAAAGUGUAUAUCGGUGGUGAAGUUAAGUGUUCUUUUAAUAAUGAGUUGGACCUUUCAAAAUGUAUUAAUCUUCGACAUUUAUGUUUGAAGGGACAAAAAUCGAUUUCUUCAAUAGUGUUCGUUGAGUUAAAACAUUUGACCAGUCUUUCAUUAACAUGUACCGGUGAUGACUUGGAUUUGUCAUGGUGUGCAAACAUCGAAACAUUACACAUCGAAGGACAGGUGACGAUGUUACCAAAUACACUUUUGAAUAUGAAAAGGCUUAAAAGACUAACGUUAAUGUGCAUUUGUGAUGGAUUGGAUUUGGAAGGGUGUCAUAGCCUGGAAAAAGUUCAUCUUAGGGGUCAAAUAACAUUGUUACCAAAUAACCUUAGAACUCUUAAGAGGAUUAAAGUCCUUACAUUGAUGUGCACAUGUGAUAGUCUGGAUUUGUUGUCAUGUUACAAUAUAACAACGCUACAUAUCAACGGUAAAAUACUCGUGUUACCAAAAGCAUUGACACAUUUACAGAUUCUAUCGACGCUAACAUUGCGAUGCAAGUCCGAUAAUUUGGAACUGCCUUCAGGCUCGAAUUUAAGAACAAUGACUAUAAGUGGUCAAGUGACAUUGGUAAAUAAUACACAACUCAAUAUGAAAUAUCUAAAGCAUCUAACAUUACGCUGCAAAUGCGAUGGUUUGGAUUUGUCAUUAUGUCGUUCAUUGAAAACGCUAUAUCUAAGUAGACACGUGACUAUGAAAAUUAAUGGCUUACAUGAUCUUCAAAACCUUAGGUGUGUUACGCUACGUACCAAAUAUGCGUUUUUGGACAUUUUGAAUUGCCUCAAUCUCGAGAAGGUUUUGAUAAGAGGAACUGUAAAUUUGAUGCAUAACACUUUUAGCGGUUUGAACAAUUUGAAACGCCUUACAUUGUGGUGCAGAAGUGAUAGACUGGAUUUGUCAUCUUGUCACAAACUCGAAAAGAUUGACCUCCGGAAAAAAGUAUCACUAUUACCAAAUGCAUUAAAUGGUCUACAAAAAUUGACCCGUGUUAAGCUUUUGUGUCGCUGCGAUGUCUUAAACUUGGCAGGGCUUGAUAGUCUGCAAGAACUGGUCAUGAACGGACAGGUUAGAUUGUUACCAAACACACUGCACAAGCUUAAGAAGUUAAAAAGUCUUACUUUAUAUGGAACAUCGAAAGCAACUGACAUUCAGAAAUGGUUUGCAUUUACCAACAAAGAUCACUCGGAGAUAAACCAUAGUCCACUACCCUUAACCAUAACAAACAUCACAUUUAUUGACGUGUGGUUUUCGACGCUUUCGUUACGGCGCCUGUUAAGAACAAUAUCUAAGUUAAAUCAUCAAGCGACUUGCUAUCUUAAUCAAUGCUGCAUAACAACAAGUGAACAAAUCUCAGAAGGGCUCAUUUCUAGCCCAGAUUCUCUGAUGAUUCCAUGUGACAUGUCUAACGUUUCCCUAACCAUUGAAGGGGAAAACCCAGAUCUGUAUGAUGCACUGAUUGGCUCGGAUUUGGUGUGUAUUAAUAUUAUACAAAUUAAUCACCCUAGUAGUCUAUCAGAAGCCCUGCUAACACUUACGCGAUUAAAAACAUUGCGACUCAUUUCACGUGAAUAUAUCGACAUUCCGAUCAGACUUAUACGCUCAGAAAUGAAACUGGUUUUUAUAUACAAAACUCUUUCUGUAGAUUCACUGCGUCACCUUUUGAGGCGAACUUCUGUUCUGAAUUAUUCAGUGGAGAGUCAGAUUCUCUUUGGUUACACAGAACAGCUUGAUGGAUUUAUGGCCAUCAAACAGGAACUCCUUGCAACAAAGCAGAUUGAUGUUAAAGAAUUUGCAACAAUGGGCAGGAGCAGUUAUUGUUUAAAUUCCAUGCACGAAACUGUGGAAAUGGACUUUUUUCGUAAUCUACAUUAUGUAUCAGAUCAUAUGAUUAACGUUCAACUACGGUACAACUGCAGCCAAAAAUUGCAACCACGCUGCUCUGUUAAUUAGACCUCAUUAGUGUAUACGACAUUCCAAGCAUGAUUUUACAUUUACAUUUUUUAUUACGGCAUUGCACAUCACAGUAUGUUUAUUCUUUUUUGAUGUUCUGUUGUUAAUUAGCCAUACUUGAACAUUAGUUUUUCUGAAUGUAAUAGUUCAGAUUGAUUCAAUUAUAUCGAUGCGUGUCGCUUACGAUAUGCGUAUAUUAAUUUGUGAAACCGCGUGUGUUUUUUGUACGUAUUUAUGUUUUACCAGUGUCGGUAACAGUCAUCUGUGUACAAAUGUCCCUUAGAAUGAAACACUGCAGAAUUAUGUGUUUGAAUUAGUGGUAUAGAUGUGUAUUGCAGAAGUUGUUUUUAUUUCUUUUGAUUUACCCACUCUGUACGAUUGCAUUUAAUUAGUUCAUGAUUUAGAUUACAUUACGUCACACUGUUAUUUGUUUUUUCGUACUAUAAAUUCUUAUCUUCUUGUGGUUCUCUACAGUAUGUUUCAUUUGUCAAAAAAUGACCACGCACCGGUAAUCACAUUCUUUAUGUAGACUAAAUAAUUUAUACUUUUAAAAUUAUUCUCUGAAACUGCAAUACCCAGAUGUUUUAUGCAAAUAUGAACCAUUGUCAAAAAUGUUAAAAUCAUGCCCCUGUGGUACAACAUACAAUCGACGUCCCUCACUCAAAAGUUUUCUAAAUGGUAUUUGACAAGUGAACAUUAAAAAACAAUAUUCAACCACAAGGCAAUAUGUUUUUGUAAAUUAUAUUGAUAAUGAUAAAAUUGAAUAAGCUAUAAAUUAUUUAGUUACGCGUACAUUGAUAUGUUUUAUUUACCCCUAACGGACGCUUUACUAUUGAUGUUUACCAACUUUUCCUGAGGAUGACGAAAGCAAUUUCUUCAUAACAUUGUUUUCCUAAAUCGUGUAAUAUGCAAGUACUUACGUCAUAUUUCUAGAUUUUUUUUCAAUUCUUCAUUUAUCAUAGUUUCCUUAAUUUUCGUGCUGACGUAGUAAAACCUAUAUCAGAUGUUUUUUUAUUAUCUAAAUGUCUCGAAGUAUAAUGCAUUAUGUUUAGAUAAUUAUUAUUAUGAGGUUUUAUUGCCUUCGUUUUCAAUCCAGAUAACACUGUGAUAUAGAUUUUGAUACUUAUAUAUGUCAUACAAUACUAUAGCUUAAUGACCACACUUUAAUGAGACUUUCCUUUAAACUCUUGUGUGUUAUCUGUCACCUUUAAUAUUGAUCGACAUUGUUAUUACUUACACUGCUCUUUAACUGUUUGUUGAAUGUUUAAGAUAUGAUAUGAUAAAAUACUACUCACUUUUUGAUUGUAAUUACUCUGUAUCUACAUAGCUUAAUCUUCGUUUGUACAUGGCAUUAUUUAUUCUAUUUUAACUGUUUGUGUGUGUACUUACUGCUGAAAUGCUUGAAUAAGUCUUAGCAAGUAAUCAUUUACAAUAUACAGUAUUAUUUAUAAAAAGUGUAUUUUGUUUACUGAUAUAUUUGUUAAAUAUUUCAUCAGUUAUGGCACAUGUAUAUUUUUAUAAGUACAAAAGGACUAUUUAAAAUUUUACAUUGUAUGAUUGUCGGGGUUUAAAUAGCAGUGAAGUGUGGAGAUUCAUUUGACUCUUUUUUCAAUCCAAAAAGCACAUAUUAACUGUCUGCAGGACUUCCAUUUUACACCGGAUACGGAAACAAUUAGUUAUUCAGAAUGGGAUAUCGACUGUUUUUAUUUUCCGUCGUCGAAGGAUGGAUAUACUUUUGACGUUGUCAGUCCGACCGUUCGUCUGUCCGUCCGUUUGUCACACAAUUUCCAGGGCUAUAUCUUAGAAAUUUUACAAGAUUUCAACAUGAAACUAAAUGGGUGUAUAGACAUCAAUGAGGGAAAGUGCCAUGCAAAUAGCCACAAACCUACACUUUCGUAAAUAAAGGUUAUUGCCCUAAAUUGUUUUUCUAUGAUGACUGUCAGUCACAAUUUUUUCAGGGCUAUAUCUCAGAAACUAUGUAAGAUUUCAACAUAAAACUUCAUUGAUGUGUAGAUAUCAAUGAGGAGAAGUGCCAUGCACAAGAACCAUAACACAACACUUUCUAAAAUAAUAGUUUUGCCCUAUGUAAUUUUUGUAUGAUGUCUGUCGCAUUAUUUUUAGAGCUAUAUCUCAGAAACUAUUUAGGAUUUCAGCAUGAAACUUCAUGGAUGUCCCACUCUCUGAUUAUUAAGAAGGAUUUCUAAACAUUAACGAAGUUGUGUCUGCACUCUUAAAAUGACAACAGCCAAGGCUUGGAGAUGGCUUCACUUCUGAAUUCUAGAAAACAUAUUUUGGAACUGAAAAGGCUAAUUCAUUGUUCGACCUAUUAGGUAUGCCUUAAAUGCAAACUCGAUGUCCAUAAUAACAAAUAAUUGCCCGAUUGAUUGCAUCACAAAGGACAACAUGCCUCGCUGCUAUUUAAACAAAAUAAAACCAAUUACUUUCUUAAAUGUGGGUUAUAAAUAAACAAUUUAGGCGAUUGCCAACAUAUUUAAAACUGUACUUUAGAUGUUUAUUCCAAAGAUCAAACGUGUCUCAAUAAAGGGCGAUUUAUUGGUGAAAAGACCCGAUUACUGUGUGAUGUGAUAAAAUAUACUGAAAAUAAUAUUCCUGACUAGUUAAUGACAAUGAACUUUAUAAAAGCGUUUGAUACCAUGACUUUCGAGUUUAUAGAAUCAACAUCCCAAUUUUCUUACUUAACCGAUGUUUUGCAAAUGGGUGUCUUUGUUUUUGAGUAGCAUGAUGGCAUUAACACAAAUUAACAAUGUAAAUAUGUAAUGCCUAUAAACUUAAUAAUACAGAUAAUAAUGGACAGAGAAAACAGCCGAAUACCGUCUAUUUGUGGACUUGUAUAUAGUCUCAAUUACUCAUUACAUAGUGCAAAAAGUUAUAUUAUAUAAAGCAAUAACGAAUCAACCCAACAUGACUCCAUACAUGAAUAUAUUGAUGUAUUUGCUACAAAUUAAAUAUGCGUGGUUUUACACAUAUGUAUAUAUUGAUGGUUUUGUCAAAAAGUACAUAUAUUUAACAAA